UUUUGAAGUUUUGUAUCUGACGUGGUGCUGUCGAGCUGUCGAAUCAGAAACUUACCUUUCCUUUACAUUAAGGAUAACCAAAACGUACGAUUUUUAUUUUCUUUAGCACCCUUGAAAAAGGCAAGAAACAAAAAUGUUGGACAGUUUAUUUGACGAUGUUAAGCGAAUGAACAAGAGACAGUUUAUUUACCAAGUUCUUAGCUUUGGUAUGAUAGUAUCGUCAGCUCUUAUGAUAUGGAAGGGUUUAAUGGUCGUAACAGGCAGUGAGAGUCCUAUUGUUGUUGUGCUCUCAGGAAGUAUGGAACCUGCUUUUCAUAGAGGAGAUUUAUUGUUUCUCACUAACUAUCCCGACGAACCAGUGCGUGUCGGUGAAAUUGUAGUUUUUAAAGUGGAGGGCCGUGACAUUCCGAUUGUUCACAGAGUUUUGAAGCUUCAUGAAAAGAACAAUGGCACUGUUAAAUUUUUGACUAAAGGUGACAAUAAUAGUGUUGAUGAUCGAGGUCUGUAUGCUCAGGGUCAGCUUUGGCUGACUAAGAAGGAUGUUGUUGGUCGUACUAGAGGAUUUUUACCCUAUGUUGGAAUGGUCACAAUUUAUAUGAAUGAAUAUCCUAAGUUUAAGUUUGCUGUUCUUGGCUGUUUAGCAAUUUAUGUACUAGUACAUAGAGAGUGAAGUUGUAAUUUGAUCUGACGGAGUGAAGAGUAUGUUUGUAAUAAGUAAUAUUUGACUUUCAGAUGUAUUUCCUCUUUUUUAAAUGAAGUUCUCUCUAGAGUGAAUAUUAUAUUUAUUUUGGUUUAAUAAAUCUGUUUUUCUUUAUAAAACAUAAAUAUUGUAAGAACUAAAAUUUUUUUAGAACACACUUAGAUGUAAAAUUUCGUCUGUUUCACAUCCACAAAACAAAUUAAUUUAUACAAAAAUGCAUUUACUACGUCUUAAUGAACAUAUUGUUUAAGGUCCAGAGUAAAGUAUGUUAAAAUAAAUGUACUUAAUUUGAAAACAACUUUAAAUUCUGCCUAAAACAUCCAACAACAACAAACCAUUAAUAUGAAAUCUGUGAAACUAAUAUACUUUAGUUUUUUUGGAUAUGUUGGUAGUAUUGUGGUAUAGUAAUAAGUAAGCUAAAGGUCUUAUAAAUUAAGGUGUAAAUAUAUUCAACCUAAAUAUCUCAAUUCAAAAUAUUGACUUAAUGAGGUCCUUUUGAAGAAAUUUAUGGUUGGUAUAACUAGUAAAAUCACAGGAAAUAUCAAGACUUUGCUAAUGGAUUGUUGGCAACUGCCCACUCUUUACAUUUAUUAGUGUCCGUCCUUUGGUUGUGGCGAGUAUUCAUUUAUGUGUUAUUAAAAACAAACUAGAGAGACUACAGGAAUUCCAGAUUUUUGUUUUCGAAAAUGAUGCGCUUUACUAUGUGUGAGACCUUUAUAAAGAGGGAAGUUAAAAAAAACAUCGCUAAUUUACAUGAAAAAAGUUACUUGAACACCAAUAUAUAUAUUUCUACUAUUAACUAAUAAUAAUUAAUUAAUCUUUCGUGCUCAAAAUUA